ACCAGUGGCUGCUGAAGUAGAAGAUUCUGGAAAAACCCCUCUUUGAGGGGCCCAGGCUAUGCCCGAGGGAUUUCCAAGAUGACCAAGAUACCAGCCACCAAGAAGACGCAGAGUGUCCCCAACUCGGGGGCCCUCUGGCCCUUUUAUGUCUCAGAGCAUCAAACACAGGUGCCAGACAAGCCAAUGAGGAACAUCAAGUAUAUGGACAAGGAAAUAAUAAACCUCAAAAAAGACCUUGCACGAAGCCGCGUGUUGAUUCAGUCGGUGAAGAUAGGCCGCGGAUACUUCAGCAUGCUGCGAGAGGAGAGUGCCUUGAAAAAGAAGCUACAGCAACUUCAGAAACUCAAAGAGGAAGAAAGACAUAAAUUCCAGCCAGCCAAAAAGAUGUCAGAAAUCCAUUAUGGUGAAAUUCUUUUGACCACAUACGAUGACGAGAAGGUUAAGAAGAUGGGCGCUGGAGUCAUUCGCCCGUUCACCCCCGUGCACAGCUGCAUCAUCUUGCCCUCGCUACCUGAGGCUCAUGUGGAGCCCCUCUUCCGCCAGCUCUGUGCCCUCCACUGGCUUUUGGAGGCCCUGACUAUCGACCACACCCACCACACCAUGAAGCCUGUGAUCACCUGCUGGAAUCCAAAGGACCCGGGUGGAAGCAAGAGCACAAUAAAGAAAAUCAAUAAGGACAAGUCCAUGGGACAGAGGUGGGAGCACUUCGUCACGGCGCCGAAGACCAAGAAAUUCAAAAUUCCUGUACUCCGCGUCACCAGCCGCAAACCAAGCCGGCGAGGCUCCACACUCAGUCUGUCUCGGACCAGUGGAGGAUCAUCCCCCCAGAGCAGCAUGGUCUCCAUGAACCCCGGCUCAGAUGAGCCCCCGAGUGUGAUCACCCAGGGGACAGGCAGCAAGGACAUUGAGGACAAUGAAUCAUCUUCAACCAAGCCUGAGGAAGAACCUCUCCAUAUCAAUUUGCAGAAGCUGCUGGAGAUGGUUCGGGAAGAUGCCCGAAGGACAGUCAUGUUGGAAAAUGGGAUGCAAAGAAAAGCACCCAGUAUCUUGUCAAUGCUCAGACAAAACAAGAGUGAUUCUGCCUAUAAAGACAUGCAGACCACCCGCAAAUCAAGUGACCGAUCCAGCAGUUUAAGUGGAGAAAGCCACACCCAAGUCAUCCAGAAGAAGUCUAAAAGCCGCACCAACCGUGACAUCAUCCACUGCAAGACUGGUGUGUGCAGCUCCAUGAGGGCCAAGUUUUACAGCGUGGCCCAGGAGGCUGGCUUCUGUCUUCAAGACAAGAUGGAAAUCCUCAUGAAGCGCCAAGAAGAGAGAGGUCUCCAGAAGUUCCAUUCUUUUGUCAUUGUCUCGAAUUUUAAGAAGGAUAUAGCAAAAAUGAGGCAUCAAGUCUCCAUGGUAAAAGGAGAUGCAGAAGAAAUUGCAGACCACUGGUACUUUGAUCUGCUAUCCAAACUCCCUGAGGAUCUGAAGAAUUUCCACCCCGCCAAAAAGAUCCUGGCAAAACUGCAGAAGUUUGGGGAAAACCUGGACCUCAGGAUCCGGCCCCAUGUCCUCCUGAAGGUGCUACAGGACCUGAGGAUCUGGGAGCUGUGCUCUCCGGACAUUGCUGUGGCUAUCGAGUUUGUCCGUGAACACAUCAUCCAUAUGUCUCAAGAGGAUUAUAUCACCUGGCUGCAGAACCGGAUCAAUAUCCCCAUCCGAUCCCAAAGUCUCCGGGCAUAG